GUAUAAUAAAGCCAAGGGUGAAAGGACACGGCUGAAAGAAGAAAAUAAAGAAAAGCCGUAGUCGCCUCAUGUUGAUGACGUCUCAUUUUGUAUUUACUGGAGGACUGACAGAAUUCGUAGUGGUACAGGGAAGGAUAAUAUACCAUCAAAAGAAACACUUUGCAAGUCAGACAGGCUAUGAUCUUGGCUGGACUGAGUGUUGAGCCUCAGUGAGAUGACUGACCAGGGCAACAACAACAAUCACAACAUCUCCUGCAACCCCUUCGCCGCCCUAUUCAGCUCGUUGGCUGAUGCCAAGCGGUUUGCUUCAGGCCAAAAGUCUGCACCGUUACCCACUGGACCGCCACAGGAUGACUCCGGGGAGAGCCAAUCAGAGUCUGAGAACUCUGUGUCGGACAGCAUCGACGACAAUGACGACUCUGUGGCAGAGAUAAGCCGAUCCUUCCGAUCCCGACAGGAACUGUGCGAGCAACUCAAUGUGAAUCACAUGAUCCAGCGUAUAUUUCUCAUCACCUUGGAUAACAGUGAUCCCAGUCUGAGAGCGGGCAAUGGGAUCCCCCCUCGCUGUGUUUACCUGGAGGAGAUGGCAGCUGAUCUGGAUGGACAGGAUUGGCUGGACAUGGACAACAUGGAGCAGGCACUUUUUAAUCGUCUGCUGCUGCUUGAACCAGGAAACCAUCUCAUCUACAUGACAUCAUGCAGUGCUGUGAACCUGUCAGCUGACCGUGACGCUGGAGAGAAAUGUGCCAUUCCAUACCUCUUUGCUUGUUAUCAAAGGGCAAAGGAAGAGGUGACCAAGGUUCCGGAGAAGUUAUUGCCAUUUUCCGUUCGUUGUAAGAAUCUGACAGUCUCAAACACGCGCACAGUUCUGCUCACCCCAGAAAUCUACGUCAACCAACGUGUGUAUGAGCAACUUCUGGACCUGCUACUUGAAGCUUACAGUAGAGCACAGCCAGAGGAGGUGGUGGAGUUUGUUGAGGAGGUGAUUGCUGGCUUGCUCUCUGACCAAGAGGUGCGGACCUUCAAGGAGGUGAUAGUUCCAGUGCUUGAUAUCUUCCAGGGUCGAAUCAAAGACAUUGAUCUGUGUCAGCCCUUCUUCUACUUCUACCUUGAUGUACUUCUCUACUUCAGCUAUAAUAAAGAUAUUGCCAAGGUAUUGAUGGAGCACAUUCAGCCCAAAGAUCCGGCAAAUGGGUUGCUGUACCAAAAGAGCCUACUCGGAACCGUGUUGAAUGUGUCUUGCCUGCUGAAAACACCGGGAGUGGUAGAAGGACAUGGCUACUUCCUGAACCCAUCCCGUUCCAGCCCUCAGGAGACUAAAGUCCAGGAGGCGAACAUCCACCAGUUUAUGGGCCAGUUUCAUGACAAGCUGCACCAAAUGUUUAAAUACUUGCUGCAGCGGUCGAGUGAGACGCGCCACCUGCUGCUGUCAUGGUUGGGCAACUGCCUGCACGCAAACGCUGGCCGGGCCAAGAUUUGGGCCAAUCAAAUGCCAGAGCUCUUCUUUCAGAUGUAUGCCUCAGAUGCAUUCUUCUUGAAUUUGGGCGCAGUGCUUCUGAAGUUGUGCCAGCCCUUCUGCCGGCCACGUUCAUCCAAAUUGCUCACAUUUAAUCCCACGUACUGCGCAGUCCGAGACCUAAGUGAUGAAGAGAGGUGCAUUCGCAAUGUGCAUGCGAGAGGUCUUGACAAGGAAACCUGUCUGACCCCCAUGCCCUCCCAGCCCACGCAGGAGCCUGCUGCCGAGUCCUACAGCCUGCUGACAGAAAACCUCGUCCUCACCCAGCUCACCCUGCAUCUCGGCUUCCACAGACUCCAUGAACAGCUGGUCAAGAUGAACCAGUUUCUGCACAGGCUUCAGGUGACGUGCGAGGAGGCCCAUCGCACAGGAAACCCCAUGUCGGAGCAGCUCUUGGAGCAAUUUGAACGCCUGAUGAUUGUCUUCUUGUCAACCAAAGCUGCCACCACACAGCCCGCCAUGCUGCAAUGCUGCCUUAACCUCCAAGCAUCCACUGCUGCUCUGCUGGUGCAGUUUGCUUUGGGAAACCACGGCCAUGAACAUGUAGCACUGAGUUUUCCGCUGCCCACACUGCAAAGCACCAUGCUUUGCUUUGUACCAGAGUUUUUUGUGGAGAACUUGGGAGAUUUUUUCAUCUUCCUUCGUCCAUUCGCUGAUGAUGUUUUGGAGACCUCCGCUGAGAGUCUUGAGCAGAUUCUUAACUUUAUCACUGUCUUCAUGGGUAAUGUAGAACGAAUGAAGAAUCCACAUUUAAGAGCAGAGCUAGCAGAGGUCUUGGAGGCGGUGAUGCCCCACAUGCUGCCUCUGGCGCCCGGUACUCCUCAGCCAAUCGUCUUCCAGCGACAGAGAGUCUUUUGCUCUUACAAAUAUGCACCUCAGUUGGCCGAAGCCCUCAUCACUGUGUUUGUCGACAUUGAAUUUACAGGUGAUCCUCACCAGUUUGAACAGAAGUUCAAUUACAGAAGACCCAUGUAUCCCAUCCUCAAGUUCAUGUGGGGCGAAAAUAACUACAGAGAGAGUAUCAAGCAUUUGGCAGACUAUGCAUCCAAGAACCUCGAAGCCAUGAAUCCUCCUCUGUUCCUUAGGUUCCUCAACUUGCUGAUGAAUGAUGCCAUCUUCCUUUUAGAUGAGGCUAUUCAGUACCUGAGUAAAAUCAAGAUCCUGCAGUUGGAGCGGGAUCGAGGAGAGUGGGCUGACCUGGCCCCCGAUGCCCGAAGGGAAAGGGAGUCCAGCCUACAGAUGUUUGGACAGCUGGGCCGCUUCCAUAACAUCAUGUCUAAUGAAACCAUCGGCACACUGGCCUUCCUCACUUCAGAGAUCAAAGGGAUCUUUGUGCACCCUUUCUUGGCUGAGAGGAUCAUCUCCAUGCUCAACUACUUCCUGCAGCACUUGGUAGGACCCAAAAUGGGUGCUCUUAAAGUGAAGGACUUCAGUGAGUUUGACUUCAAGCCCCAGCAGCUUGUCUCUGACAUCUGCACCAUCUACCUGAACCUGGGAGAUGAGGAGAAUUUCUGUGCUACCGUCCCAAAGGAUGGACGUUCAUACUCCCCUACCCUCUUUUGCCAAACGGUGAGGGUACUGAAGAAAAUCAACAAGCCCGGGGAUAUGAUUGUGGCUUUUGGACUCCUUGCUGAUAAAAUAAAGUCCCAUGCAGAUCGACAGCAACAGGAGGAGGAGACUUACUCAGAUGCCCCAGAAGAGUUCCUAGAUCCUAUCAUGUCCACACUGAUGCUGGAUCCUGUUCUUCUUCCUUCUUCCAACGUCACAGUCGACCGCUCAACUAUAGCAAGGCAUCUCCUCAGUGACCAGACAGACCCGUUCAACCGCAGUCCUCUCACCAUGGACCAGAUCAGGCCAAACGAGGAGCUCAGACAACAGAUCUUACAAUGGCUGGAUAAGCAUAAGCAGGAGAGGCUGCAGCUGGGACCAAGUGACCAAACUUGAUCCGCUCGGUGCCUAACAAUGACUACAUCCUUGUUUGAUUCCCUCUUCCACAUCUAGAGUGCCCCUCUGCCUUGUUUUUUUUUUUGUUUUUUGGGUGGCUUAUCUGUGGUGUACUUGUCGCCGCAGAUUGCAGACUCUUGUCUCAUACUGCAUUUAAAUCCUAUUUAAGACAGAUCAACCAACAUGCAACACAGCUGGUUGACUUGCUGUUUUUCUGUGCCAAUGGUAAACAUUUGCAUUAUGGGAGUGAUGCGAUCUUGAGCAGGAGAGGAGAAUUACAGGACGGUGAAAAAGCAUUUGCCCCUUCUUGAUUCUGAUGUAUUUAUUUUUUUACCUGUUUAUCUCAUUUAAAUGUUUCGUAUCGUUAUCAAGUCGAUUUUAACUUCUUUGGCCCAUCACACACCGAGAGACGCAACUGAACAGGACAGUCGUAAACAAAGAGGUGAUCAUUUGAAAAUGUAAACACUGGGAGAGGAAAUGAAGUGUUCCACAUUGAGAUGUAUCCAUUUUCCAAUUAUUUUGAGAAAUCAUGAACAUGAGUGUCAUCACAUAGUAAUUAUUCAUAAUAGCAUAUAAUAAUUUUAUUCAGAGUAAUUUUAGCAAAUGUUUCAAACUGGUAGUCCUUUGGAUUUAUCAAUUCCCAAGAAGUAGUUGUCAAAGUUUUUACUGAACCAGAAACAACAUGGCACAAUUGUCAAGCAAGAAGUGGAUUUCACUGGUCAAUGUAGCAGUUGUAUAAUACUACAAAGAGGAAAGCCGGGUGAGAAAUAAAGGAGUGUGGAUAGUUUAGAGAGUGUUGGCAAUGAUUGCCACAUUUUGUUGACAGAGACUCCACGCUGCACUUUUUUAACCACAGGUAUUUCUUUGAAACAUAUAUAUACAUAUAUAGAUACAGUAUAUAUAGAUAGUAUCCAUCUAUAUAUAUAGAUACAGUAUAGCGAGCGAGAGAGAGAGCGAGAGAGAUAUGCAUACUGGAUAUACUCUAUUAAUAUGGCUUGGCAGCCCUCAACUGGGUCUCGCGUCUGACUCGGAAACCUAAUUUUUGUUGUGAAAGCUCAUGUGACCCGACGUGAUGAUUUCAAUUGCCUGUUUGGUCUCCGAUGUUGCGACACUGUUCAUUUGCAAGUCAAAUUUUGAGUUGACGGUUGACCGCUCCUGAAAAUUACUAAAAGAAUCCCGCAUACUGCACGAUAGUUAAGUCACGUUGGGCUGCGUCACUUGUGCGGCGGCCUUUACAAAGACAGACAAAGUGAAUACCAAAUGCAGUUUGUAAAUGAUGAGGGUGAUGAAUCUAAUUGAGAUGCUGUGGUAUGAACUAAAUUAAAAACAGGCACUUCAAGCUUGAAAACUGGUGAAACAACUGUUGAUAUUACAUAGCGGUAAAAUAUUUUUUUUCAUACCAUAACGGGCCUCUGAGAAACUGAAAUGGUUCCCUGAAACAAAAAGGAUUCCUCAGCCCUGUAUUGAGUUUUUGCUCGUUUGACAUUCACAAUCACGAGUGUGGCCACUGAUCAUGUGCAAACCAGUUGCACAUCUUAACACUUUUACCAUCUGAACAAAAUUUCACACAGCAACAUAAGCAUUUUGCAACACAAAGAUGACAGAUAGAUAACAUUUAUUACUUGGGCUCCAACUACAAUGACUGAAGUAAUAUGCAGCACUUUUGGUUAAAACUGCAUGCAAGAUGUAGAUAUAAAUAGAACUUAAACUUGAAGGCAAAUCUAUUACAACCUGUGAGGUAUUUACUUACAGCCCUCAUUGUAUUUGUUGUGUAAGUAACAAUGACAGCGCCACAAGCACACGCCAGCAUUUAAAGUUCCGACAUGAAAUAAAGAAUGUGUUCGUCUGUCAGACACUCAUUCAGGAAGUCACGCUGGAAAAUCCACUAUGCAUAGCACAAUUACUUAGUUUUAAAUGUGAUUUUUUUUGGGCCAACUAUGGGCUUGCUAGUGCUUGACAAAAAAAAACACAGGUCUAUAAAAAACAAAAACAAAUGACCAAUUAUACAAAUGUGAUUUUCUCUUUCGGAGGGGCUGAACACAUGGGGCUGUCAUUGGUUCUGUUUACCCAAUGCAACAAAGAUUGGGGACAGGGGGGUCAUUAUUAAUGUUUUGUAAUGUUAAAGAGAUGGCAAAGUUCCCAGGGAAGCAUUGACUUUCAAUUUAACAUAAUCAGUGUUGGGAUAAUAUAUACAAUAUAUUCCAAAACUAUGGGGUGCUAGAUGUUUUGUCCUUUUUUUUCUUUCCAUCUUUUGUAACAAGUGUUUAUCAUGACAACAGAUGUCACCUCAAUUGCCCUUUAAAUCAUUAACAAGUGAUCGCUGAGUGUUUUUGCAAGGUUUUGAUAUUGUUUGCAUUAACAUGAAGCAACCGAAUUACACUUUUGGGACAUUUUAUUUCUUGUUAGAUAGAGAGCUGCAGAUAAUGUGCAAGGUGGGGGUCAAUUCAAUGAACGCAGGAUUAUCCUUCCAGAGAUUUUAAUAAAUAAGUUAUCAAAUGUGGCUGUGAUGAAGAAGAAAAAACGUGAAGGAAGUAUGUGAUGAUUUGGCAUGCCUGUGCUUUAUGUUAAAGAUCUUAGGUGAAAAUAUAAUCCUAUAUUUUUGUUUUAUUGUAAAAUUUUACUUUGAGUAUACAGUAUGAUUAAAAAAAUUGUCUUAUUU